AUGCCACAGCAACCACAACCACAACAAAAUUCUCCAAACAUAUCUGGUGGUUCCUCUCAGUCGCCACUUUUUAGUUAUAUGUUUGGACUUUCUUCCCAGUUUCCUCAGACACAACCUAUGGGAAGUCAGUUUGGAGGAUUACCGCAGCAGCAGCAACAACAACAUAUGUAUGGUCAAUUUGGGCCGUUCAUGCAGCAGCAGCCGGUAUAUCCUCAUUAUGGAGGAUCGACACAGCAGCCCGUUUAUAAUCAGCAGUACUACACUUCUCCGAAUCAACAACAACAGCAGUCUCCUUUGAUUCGUCCACAGCCUCGACCAUAUUAUCCUUCGCCGCCAGCACCACAGUCUCAUGAAGGUCUGAGUCGAAGCACGAAUGUUGAAGAUUUUUUAAAUGAACAUUUUGAUGAAGACAAUAAUAAUUAG